AUGGUCACCGCCGACCAAUCAACGUCCUUGUUGGCUCUUUGGUUGUCUCAGACCUUUGACAAGGCAGCGAGCAAGAGUCUCUUCGAGCCCUGCGUGCCUGAGCCCUGCAUCACUAGAGUGUUCGACGACCGUGGCAACUUGGAAAGAGGAAACAGGCCACGAGCCUCGACACCUAGCUGUGCUGGCCUCUACGGAUUCUCUGAGACUAUGUAUCCCCGUGGUGGCACCACGAUUUGCCGUGUUAAGAACUCCUUUCGCGACCUAGUCAUCUGGGAUGUCAGCACCAACCCACAAGCCUCAGGGUCCCUGGACACUCAACAAACUACCAAAGCCAACGCCAACAUGAAACCCCUCACGUACCUCACCCUCCUCCUCGGCCUCUCCGCAACCACCGCUCUCGCUGCUCUCCGCCCCGACGCCACCCCCGAAGAGGUCGCCGCGGCGGAAGCCGAGUGUGGGUCCCUGGGCGUGAUGAGGAUCGACCCCGCCGAGCUACCCGAGGGCGUGACGAUGGCCGACGUCCGCAUGUGCGCCGACCAUCCCCUCGGCGGCAGAGCGAUCCCGGGUCUGGGUCCUGGGGCUUUCGCCCGAUUGCGUCGGUUCUUGCCGAGUUGGGGGUUUUGA